GAGAACAGAGUCGUGCAGAGAUCCCGUGAGCAGCGGCGAGUGACAGCGAGACGGCUUCGAGGCUGCAGGCAGGUCACUGGAGCGAACAGCUGGGAGAAUAACCCACUCAUAACUCCGCAAGCACAGCAAUGCAAGGCUAAUACAAUACAAGUCACUCCAGACUCCUCAACAAUUUGGCUGAUGCUGGUUAAAAACAGUUGAAGAAAAGGGAGUUAUUGUUUGGCUGUGUUUUUUUCUUUCUUUAAGUUUGCAAGAGUGCACUAAAGGAAAUGACCGGCGCAGACAGUUCUUCAGUUAUGGACUCUGCAAAGACCAGAGAGGAAACAAGCCCUGACAAAAGAUCUGCAGGCCAGGAGUCCUCCUCGCCCCAUUCCUCCAGCCUGCAUUCCCCCAGAAGCCCACUGGACUUCAUCGACACAGGAAAGGGCCUCAAGGUCCAGACUCCCAAGCCCCACCUGGUCAGUCUAGGGAGUGGACGGCUGAGCACGGCCAUAACCCUGCUGCCUCUGGAGGAAGGUAAAACCACAAUUGGGCGGGAGGAUGCCCCCACUCCUCAGGAUAUCACUAUAGAGGGCCCUGGUAUCAAGGCGCAGCACUGCUUCAUCGAGAACAGGGGUGGAGUGAUCACACUGGACCCCUGCGGAAACCUGUGCAUGCUGGACGGAGUGCCAGUGACUCAGCCUACACAGCUCACACAAGGUUACACUCUCUGUCUGGGUAAAUCGUACUUCUUCCGUUUCAACCAUCCCGACGAGGCCAGUCGAUUGAAGAGCAUGCUGCCACAUAGAAGCCAGGUGUCCCCCCUCAGCCCGAGCCCAGAUUUUGUGAGGCUUGGAAAUGAGUACAAUCACUCUCAGAACACGUCCGGUUCAAAGACAACGCGGACUGCAAGGACACAUCAAGAACUGCAGAACAUAAUGGACACGCUGAACAGGAGAACAGGAGAUUACCCUCCCUCCUACUUCACGCUGUCGCAAUCGCCCCCCACCAGCCCCCUUCGAUACGGGUCCACCUCAUCCAGCCAAUACCAAGACCAGGUGCGAGCUGCCGCGGUCCGACAACACAUCACAGACCGGCAUCAGCGUUCAGACAAACCCCCUCUCUCCAUCAAACUGAGCGCCCCCUUCUCCAGCAGCGUGCCUCCCUCCCCGAGGCAGCGAGGCGUGCCGCUGGCAGAUGUUGCAGACGUACAUUACAGGGAGCGAGAGCUGUCCCUCGGCACUGUGGAUCUGCUGGCCUACUCCAGAACCAGCCCCCGGAACAAGUCUCACGAAAACGUCUUCUUCUCAGGAACUCUGGAGGGAAGGAAGAUGCCUGGAGGCUCCCUCCUUCCCAUGUGGAAUGGAGGCUCUGCAGGAGAUCCCCUCUCACCUGGUGGGAAUGCCGGACCUGCCAGCAUGCCUUCCAGCCCUCGACUAGCCAGAAGGUUGAACAUGCAGGAGAGCCAGGCUCUUCAGAGCAGGACCAGCAGAACUGGCAACGACAUCGGCCCCGACACCAGCCCCAGGCAAAGAAAGCAUUCUGGGGGAUCCCUCACCAACAUGGGCGUCUAUAGCCGCUCUCUUCCACGACUCUACAAGUCAACCGAGAGCCAGCUGGCUCCAUUGAGCGUGCCUCCGAGAAGGUCCCUCGAUAAUCAGUCUAGAAACCACGCCAGUGAGUUCUCUCACAAUGGGACUGUGGAGGGGGAUGUGUUUUGUUACCCCUGUGGCUCCUCCUCGAGAACGUUGAGAAGCAUGGUCACCCUGGAGAGGACCUCCGACUCCAGCAUGCCGUCCAGCGUCCCAACCAGUCCACGGGUGGCCAAGAAAAUGACCCUGACCUCCUCCUCCAGCUCCUCCAGUGUGGACUUCCAUCACAAUGGCUUUCAGGGCUCCAGCAGCCCCACCUUUGACACAGCCAGCGUGGAGAGUAUAAAGCUGAGCACACAGCAGGCUACUCCCUUUAGGGAGCGGAAAAACAGCAUCAGCUCACUGAGCGGUAAACAUGAGCUGCGGGACUAUCACCAGAGACAACGGGAUGAGCGCCUUCGAGAACAAGAAGUGGAGAGGCUGGAACGCCAACGUCUGGAGACGAUCAUGAACCUCUGUUCGGAGUUCUCCAGGUCGGACCAGGGCCCCUCGACCGUGGCCGACCUUCAGAAGAUCAACAAGGAACUUGAGAAGCUCCAGCUGUCUGAAGACGAGCUUUCGGAUUCCCAGGCCAGCCAGGAAAACGGUUACAAAGCCAAACCCCGAGAUCUCUCUUCCAGAUCUCCGAACUUGUCGUUAUCCGGAUCACAUUGCGGGAGUCAGUCGGAUCAGGGCGCUGCCAGAGACCAGGAUUACAGGGAUGCGGGGAAUGGAACGUGGCAGCUCAGUGAGAACCUGAAGUCUUUGCAGUCGUUGUGUUCCAGUGGAGUGAAGACCAUGGGAGUUUCUUCAAACCCCAGGAUGAAGAAGCCCUCGGACAUGGCUGAGGGUGACCAACAGAAACAGGAAGUGAUCCGGAUAGAGGAGGAGCGGAUCCAGGUUCUGAACAACAUGGAGGAGCUGGAACAGAAGAUCAAGGACCUCAACAACCAGCUGGACGAGUCUGCCAGGGAGAUGGAGAUGGAGCGUGCAUUGCUGGAGGGGGAGCACGAUUCAGAGAUGACACAACUGCAGCAUGAGAAGGAAGUCCUGGACCAGCUGAACGAGAAGAUCACAGCCCUCGACAGCAACGCGUUCUCUGAGAAAUCAAAGGAAAAAACAAAACUUGACGCUGAAAGGGAAAAGCUAGAGAGGCUGCAGGAGCUUUUUUGUGAGCAGAAGACCCAGCUUGAUAACUGUCCUGAAUCCAUGAGGGAGCAAUUACAGCAGCAGCUAAAGAGGGAUGCUGAUCAGCUGGAAGUAGAAACCAAGAGGUUUGAGGAUCUGGAGUUUCAGCAGCUUGAGAAGGAGAGCCGUCAGGACGAGGAGAAGGAAAACACAGUGCAGCAGCUCCUUCGAGAGAUCGCAGAGUACCAGCGCAGCACCGUCUCCAGGAAGGAAAGGCUCUUGACUUUGAAGAAACAGGCCAAUCAGAUUGCACAGCAAGCUCAGAGUGAAAAGGAUAAUUUUCUGAAAGAAAAGAACAAUUUGUUACUCAUGCUACAAAGAGAGAAAGAGAAACUAGGCAACCUGGAAAAGAAGUACUCUGAACUGACUGGAGGGAGAGGGUUUCCUGUCAACCCCAACAGCAUGAAAGAGGGUUAUGUCACAGUAAGUGAGAUCAAUGAGAUCUAUGGCAAUUCCGGGAGCACGCCCCCCCUCCCCGCACAGCCCCCCCCCGCUGCUGUUCCCGUUGAGCCGGCUCAGGAAGCCCCCGCCCCUCCCAGGCAGGCAGCACGGUCCCCCCAGGAAGAGUCGUGCUCUGGGUGUGCUUCUCCUCGCCCCCUCUCUCCUCGCCCUGUUCCUAAGCCUCCAUCGGUGCACUGGCCGGAGGUCAUGGUUACUUAUGUUGACCCCUCCCCUUUACCUGAAACUCCUCCCCCUCCACUGCCCAUCAAAAAGCACCGUCGCCACAGGCAGCAUUUUCGAACCCUGGAAGAACGGAAGAAAUCUAGCAAGGAUGGGACGUACCUGAGCGACACGUUGCCCCGGAAGAAAAGCGCCCCCGCGGUAUCUCCCCAGUUCAGCAGUGCUACUCUUGGACGCAGCGUCACCCCCAAGUCUCACUUACCACUGGUCCAAAGUGCCAGCUGUGGCAGCAUGCUUCCUCGCAACCUGAGCGUCUCCCCGAAGGACCUGGAGCCCAGGAGGAAACAUAAGGGAUCAGCAUCACAUUCAAAGGGGAUGCCUGAAAAAGGGCAUAAUCACGACCAUAUGAGUGAAGAACAAAGACAGAGAUCUCCUGAGUUUUAUAGCAGAGCAGCAUCUGAGAGUAAUGUGUAUUUGGAUUCGUUCCACUACGCUGACGACGGAUACAAGGACCGUGCAUUCGACACUCUGAGCCUGGACAGCUCGGACAGUAUGGAGACCAGCAUAUCCGCUUGCUCCCCCGACAAUAUCUCCAGUGCCAGUACUUCCAACAUCGCCAAGAUUGAGGAGAUGGAACGUCUGUUAAAGGAGGCCAAUGCAGAAAGGGCAUGUCUGCUUGAGACCAGGGAGCGGGAGAUGGAAGCGAAGAAGCAGGCGCUGGAGGAGGAGAAGCGUCGGAGAGAGGAGCUGGAGAAGAGGCUGCAGGAGGAGACCAGUCGCAGGCAGAAGCUGAUCGAGAAGGAAGUGAAAAUGAGGGAAAAGCAAAGGGCACAGGCCCGGCCGCUGACCCGCUAUCUUCCGGUCCGGAAGGAUGAUUUUAAUCUGCGGAGCCACAUAGACUCUGCGGGUCACAACACGGAGACCUGCUACCACCUGUGCAUCACAGAGAAGACCUGCAGAGGCUUUCUCGUGAAGAUGGGGGGGAAGAUCAAGACAUGGAAGAAGCGCUGGUUCGUCUUUGACAGGAACAGGAGGACGCUGUCCUAUUAUGCAGAUAAGCAUGAAGCCAAGUUGAAAGGAGUCCUGUAUUUCCAAGCCAUCGAAGAAGUCUAUUAUGACCAUUUGAAGAACGCGCACAAGAGCCCGAACCCGUCGCUCACGUUCAGUGUGAAGACCCACGACCGGGUGUACUACAUGGUGGCCCCCUCUCCCGAGGCCAUGCGCAUCUGGAUGGAUGUGAUCGUGACGGGAGCCGAGGGCUACACACAGUUCAUGCUGUGAUAGUACAGAGCCUGCUUGUGAGACUGCGGGUCAUAUCUACACAGGACUGCACUGUCGAGAUCGCUCGAGACAAACACUACCUGUACGUGGCCAGUGCCCUGCCCUGUGUGCUGAUGGGCUGUGGUCUGUGUGCAGUGUGUGGCACAUGGUGUGGACUGGUUAGCAUGUCAGCAGGAAUAGAAGAAAUCGAAAGAUGAAUACCGGUAUGAUAAUAUGCAAGAGGAACCAAACAAAACACAAAUAAAUCCGAUAUAUCUUUCCUUUUUUUUAUAUAUUGAAAUAUUGGUUUACUGAUUUGCAUCUUGUCACACUGCCUUAUUCUGAUAUUAAGUAUUAAUUUUAGACUAUUGCUCAGGAACAGGGGGAAAAAAAAAGUGCUGAACCAAAAGUGCCUUUUGUAAUACAACCGUUAAGGAUUUUAUUGGGGGGUUACCAAAGAUUUUUAUAUUCAUUUUAAUAUAAACUGGCAACUUGUUCAAGGGGGAAAAAAAACACUGUGGUCUAUUUUAAUGAUCUAGACAGUGGAGGAUCUUAAUAGCGCCGCCCUGACAUUUGUUCUAAACCUCAUGUCGUUGUUUUUAUUGUAGUCAUUUUAAUAAGCAGGUCCAUGAAGCUCCCUCGCUGCAUUAGUACACAGUUAAAGAGCCGCAGCCUGCAGCUCUGCCGCUGUUUCCAGUCAUUAAAACAGAGCACAGUGUAUUCGACAGGCUUGCUUGUUUUCUACCAAUGGGUGCUUGGAGUGUGUCCAGACCUGUCUGUGUAUUAGAGGUACUUCACUCAAGAGUGACAAUGCUUUCACUACAGGUUGUAUUGGGUGCUAUAGCAAUUCAAACACAGAUACUGUGCAUUCAGUUUCCAUGUCAACUAUUCAUGCAUUCAUUCAUUCAUAGGAAUGUUUUAGAUUCACACAGCAGCUGUUGCGACUUCAGGCAAGUCCAGAACUAGUAAUCCGCUCUAUCCUAAUAUACUAGACUAUAUAUAUAUAUUUUUUUACAUUAGCAGUAUUGUUAAUCUUUUGUUAAGCAUAUUGUGUGUGCUAGCUAAGACAUUUUAAAAAAUGUAAUUAAGGUUUAUAUAAUAAAAUAUACAUUCAUUAAAAAGCUGCAUAUAGUCUAUACUCCCAUGAUCUGUGACACGCUGUUAUGUGUCAUAAUGUCUAGGAAUGGACACCAGCACAGUGCACAGUGCAUGCAUUCAGACAUCUGUCGUUCUCAUCACCCAAUGAGCUACAAUGGGGGGCGUGAUGGAUAUCCGAGUAUAGACUGUAAUAUCAAACAAUAUAAAAUGUUAACCUACAUUGUUUAAAGCAGCUUACCAUAUGAAACGAUUGUGUGGUCAGCUUUCUUAUACAUGCAUUGCUCUGUGGGCCUGUCACGUUUCUGCUUGUGUCGCUGUAAUGACAACCAGUAACUCCUCUAAUUGAACUGAGUGUGUGUUUUUAUGUUUGUUAUUUUUUCCCGUUCUCUAAGCCAGUGGUAUGUACGUGUGGUUCUUCUAGGACCUUGUUCAAUCCUUAAUUCAUUGAACUGUCCAGAGCCGUGUUCCAGCCAAGCCUUUGAUUGUUAGGAGGUACAAUGAAUCAAUUAGACCUUGUUGGAAUUAAGUGAAAGGUCCACAAGGGGGCACCACUGUGCUAAAGCGAGUCCUUAAAUAAGCAAUACCAUUUCUGUCUAUCCUGACACUGCAAGAGUCCGGGGUAGCUGCUACUCAGUCUAGCACAUGAUGUCUUCCAGUGAAACUUCACCUGAGGGUAUGUUCUGGGGUUACUGAUGGGUAAAAGCAGGUGCCCCCAGCACUGCCACUCACUAUCUGCAAAUACACACAUGUACAUAUAAAGUACACUACUAAGUGCAACUGGGCAAAUUGCAUAUGUGAAAAAAGAUUGUUACUGGCAGCAAAAGUAUCAACCGUGCUUUUAAUUGAGUCCUGCCAGUAUUGCAGAAGUAGUGCUGCAGCCAUCUAGCCUGGCCCAUGCCAUACUGUGUGGAACAGAUUACAGUGCACUGUACAUGGUUUCCAUUGGUUAUUACCCUUUCUCUAAAUGUAAGACUUGCUGUGUCUGGGGGUCUGAAUUGUCGUGGUUCACCGGGGGAAUGAAAUUCAGAAGACAAAGCUGCCGGACCACAGGAGGGGCAAAUGGGAGCAAGUACAGUGUCCUAUUAAGAUUUCGAUUGGGCUGGCUAAACUGGAUGAGCAGCAUUCAACACUCUGUGAUAAAGCCCUUUACUACCAGAACACCCACCAGAAAGACAUCCUUUCUUUGCACCCAGUUGUAUGGAUAUUGUGCAGUCCUGGGGCUACAGAGCUCUCAAUACUGUGCAAGAAUCAAAUACCCUGCUGGUGUCAUUUCACCACUGCUGAGUUCUUUCUCGCUUGAAUUUUUAUUUUAUUUUGCAAACCUGACCGCAAACUUAAGUGUAACACUAGUAAGUGACUGACUGUACCAAAGAUGUCUUGGUGAAUUGUAUACAUUUUGAAUUUCUGAAACCCCACUUCCAAAAACACACUAUUGCAUAUUCAUGUAUUUUACAGUUUUUAUUGCAUAUGCUCAGUAUUUAUAUUUGUGCUUAUUUUAUGCAUGCUUCCUCUAUUUUUUCCAUACAUUUUAAUAAAUCCAAGAAUGAGUUUGUCCUA